CUGGCCAAUCCGGUGCCUUGUUCUUAGCGCUUUCGCGCGUGGAGCGGUGUGGGGCGGGGUUCCGGUCGUCGGGUCUGAGCCGCGGCAGCACGCGCUUUCCCUUCAGCUCCGAGUGUGGGUCGCUGCUGAGUUGAAAUUGCUUAAAAGUGAAUACAACGUACCUAGAAGUGAGUUACUGUUCUGGAGGUAGAAGGAUCCCGUGGGAAAACCUCAGGGUUGGAGGCAGUUACUGGCCUACAGGGACCUUGAGUUGGCUAGCCCAGGGAUGAGGACAGUUUUUCCCCUGUGAGCAGAGCCUCCAUCCUCCCCCUUUUGAAGAGGACUCUCAAGUGGUGGACGACUGGAAUGUUUGUUUAAGUUACGACCCAAAUGCAGGUUGCUUAUGCGGUUGUAAACAAAGAUGAGGGAUGCCAGAAAAGCGUAUGUAAACAUAAAGUUUUACUACCUCUGGAUGCUACUCUUAAUAUGGAGAAUAUUGAAGAACACUUUGUUAAUCUACAUAUUGUUAAAUGUUCCUCAGAACCUAAAGAACCUACUUAUGUACUUGACAUAGAUGCGUCAAACACUGUACAAGCAAAAAAAGGAAGUUUGGUUGCUGUUCUAUGUUCUGAUGGAUCCGUAAGAAUAUAUGAUAAAGAAACAUUAAAUGUGCUACGAGAAGUGAGUGGACACCCUGGACUUCUUAAUGGAAUCAGAUUUGCAAACUCCUGUGACUGCGUAUAUUCAGCAAGUACUGAUGGCACGGUAAAAUGUUGGGAUGCUCGCGUAGCUGGUGAGAAGCCUGUUCAGCUGUUCAGGGGUUACCCUUCCAGUGUUUUUAUUAGUUUUGAUAUCAACUGUAACGAUCACGUCAUUUGUGCUGGUACAGAAAAAGUUGAUGAUGAUGCGUUGUUGGUAUUUUGGGAUGCAAGAAUUAAUUCUGAGGCUUCGUCCACUACUAGAGAACCACUUGGUGUGUACUCAGAGACCCAUAGUGAUGACAUCACUCAAGUGCGUUUCCAUCCCAGCAAUCCCAACAUGGUCGUCACAGGCUCCACUGAUGGCUUGGUAAAUGUGUUUGAUAUUAGUGCCGCUGAUGAGGAACACGCGCUGGUUACAACGUGUAACUCCACUUCCUCAGUGAGCUGUGUUGGUUGGUCUGGGAGAGAUUAUAAGCAGAUUUAUUGCAUGACACAUGAUGAAGGAUUUUGUUGGUGGGAUCUUAAUCAUUUAGAUACUGAGGAGCCAAUUACAUGUUUGAACAUCCAGGACGUCAGAGAAACGAUUAACAUGAAAGAAGAUAAUUUGGACUAUUUGAUUGGAGGUCUAUAUCAUGAAAAGAUAGACAAAUUGUUUGUUAUUGGAGGAACACAUAAAGGAGGGAUUCACUUACUGAGCUGCACCCCAUCAGGACUGACCCCCGUGACUAGCCUUGGAAGCGGGCAUGCUGCCACAGUCCGUUCUUUCUAUUGGGAUGUGCGGGAUAAUGCUUUGCUGACAGGGGGAGAAGAUGCACGCUUGGUGCUUUGGAAAUCUGGAGCUAUAGAGAACACCUUGAAAGAUAGCAUGAAAAGAGCGUUCUCCGAGCACCAGAAGGUACUCGUUGAUAGUAACAACUCCUACAAAAGAAGGAGAAAGCAGUGAUAUUCUAUAGUAUUAGAUGUUUAUUUCAGCUGGGGAUACAGCUCAGUGGCAUAAGUGCCUGCCUGGCAAGCACAAGGUCCUGAGUUCAAUUCCCAGUACAAAAAAAAAAAAAAAACAACCCUCAGAGCAUAGAUGUUUACUUCAGAGGUUUUAUAAUCUCAAGUUUUUGGUGUAUUACCUCUGGUAGACAUGUUUAAAGCUUUUUAGGUUAUAACAGUCAAGUCAACAACAACAAAAAAACCACAAAAAACAUGAGCAAGUUAGCUAACA